AUGUCCUUCCUCACCUUGUGGUUUUACACUGCUCAUGGACAGGGGAAACACUGUAAUUAUCCAGUAAUAAAACAUGGACGGCUUUAUCAUUCAUACAGAGGACGCUUUCCAGCACAUGUAAAUCAACAGUUUCUCUAUAACUGUGAUCAGUAUUUUGUGUCUCCUUCACAAUAUUCCUCAGAUUACCUGACUUGCACAGCAGAAGGAUGGUCUCCAGAAGAACCAUGCCUCAGAGAAUGUAUUUUCCAUAAUUUGGAAAAUGGAUAUAACCCAAGUAGUGAAAAAAAAGUUCUACAGGGUGAAACUGUAAGGGUUCGCUGCUAUCAUGGCUACAGUCUUCAAAAUUAUCGGAACAUAAUGACCUGCACAGAGAGUGGCUGGUCUCCUCCUCCCAGAUGCAUCCGUGUCAGUGAAUGGCCUGUGGGACAUCUAGAAGCCAACCGGUCCUCGUGGGUCUGUGAGAAAGCACACAAAUGUGAGCAUUUGGCAUUGCCCCAGGGAAGCAGCCAGAAAACUGUCGGCACAGAGACUGUCUUUGCUGCGUUAAUAGAAGCAUACGAGCUUCAGAAUUCUCUCCUAGGAGGAAUUGAGUACAUGGGACAG